AUGUGGCAUGCCUCUCAGAUGUUUGAUUCACUUGCGCUUGCCGCCUCCAACUUGUCUUCAAACUUGCUAGCUGAGGCACAUCGAGCGAACACAACGACGCAACACCGACUGGCGAAUAUUUAAAGGGAAAUCAGUUUGGUCCCCUUCUGAAUGUUGGCGCACUCAUUAAACAUUCAAUUUGACGGUGCUUUAUAGUAGCAAUGUCGCUUUAUACACCAGUAUUUCCACCGUCUCUCGAACGCAGAUCAACAGGGCGUAAGGGCGCGUCCUCAUCCAAUAAACUCAAUCAGCUGUCCACUGCCGAGAUUCUACGCGACAUUCAUCUUUUUCUUGCCACCAAACCUGAGGUACUUGCACCGUUGUCAAGACCCAGCUCUCCCUCGUUCGACAAAAAAGUUGAAAAUUUGAAACACACUGUCCUCGAGGCAGUUGACGCUGCAAGAGGGGACUCAGGGGACAGGAAAUGGACCCAGGUCAGCGCGAAGUUGAAGAUGGGUUGUGUCAGGGGACGCUAUCGUAUGACUGGGUUAAACCAACACUGGCAUCCAGCUGAGAACGCAGAAUGGAUACUACCAGAUGACGAGGAAACCUGGUUGAAGCUAGAGAAAGAGAGGGCAGAGGCGAGGUCGUCGAAAAGGAAUGCCAAGCAAUCUCGUCAUCCCGACAAUUUAUCGACUGCAGCAGUCGCGCCAUUCCGCGGAUCAGAUCUAGCUGCCAAUCAGCUGCCAGUAGAAAUGAUUCAAGCAACGGUCUCGCCCAAAACGAUGGAGAAUGUCAAGGAGAAGGUAGUAAAGUGGCAAGCGACGAUCUCCACACCUGAAGGCGUGUCGGUUACCGAAAAGACCGUGUCUACUACCCCAGCACUCAGGAGUGCUUCCAAGUCAGGGAUGAAACUAACAGCAUUGCCGAAAGAUAAAAGCCAAUCCUCGUCGCUUAGUUUUCCGGUCGUAAAGCGCAAUGUUGCAACCGUGACUGGUAAGAAGAGUAAUAAGGGACGCUCAGAUAGACAUGCUCCCCCUAAUUUUCGGGUCCACGGAGAUCCAAAAGGUGACCAUACUGCCAGCGGCUCCAAAUUACCAGCGGCUCCUAGCGGUGACGGGCCAGAAAAAGCUAGCCUCAAGACCCCAGUGAGGUCCUUGCAUGCUCCCGAUAGGGAUUUGCCCAAGAUUACAGACUUUCCAGAAACGUCGUAUAUUCCUCCAUCCUUCCCAUCAGAGCUUGAAACUUCGACUCCACAACCACGGCAUGACGCCGCGGUGCCUGUCCGGAUAAAGCCCCCGCCGAUUUACCCUGUAUGUCCAUCAUCAUCUCUUCCACAUCCGUCUACUCCCAGAAAUGGCGAUCAUAAUCAUCUCGGCGAAGAUCCUUAUACUGUUGAUAUAUCCCCUUCGCUUCCGCUACAUUCCGACGGGCGACAAAUAAACAAACGCUCUCUAUCACCGUCUUCUUUGCAUGAUAUAGUAUUUUCCACUUCGAAGAAGCAACGGUUACGGUCCCCCCCUGGAGAAAAUUCAGCCUUCCGCUCUCGACCACCGACCCAAUCGGCAAAUGUGCCAGAGGUAACGUCGAAACGUGCAGUUAUGCCAGCCUCCCCUCGUGGUGAAGGUAGACUUCCUACUCUCACUGAAUUGCUGGCAGCUACCCCUCAACCGAAGAUACGUCAAAGGCCUCCUUUGCAAAAUAUACUUCGCGCCGAGAGUGAGCCUUCACCACAUGCCGCCAAGGAAAACCCUUCGCCUGCAAAGUCCUACUUCUCAACCCCGGGUUCGGGGCCAGUCUGAUUCCCCUACGUCCAAUCACAACCUCCUUCUUCACUCGCCUGUCAGCCCAAUGCGGUCAUUUGCUCAAAAUCCAGACGCAUUUCUCCCGCAGUUCACCUCCACCCAGGCUGGAGGUUCGUGUAACAACGGGAUGAGUAGUGGCGUCUUUGGAGGGGGCUAUCGCUCCCAGUUUGAUGUGGAAAAACACGUUGACCGUGUUAGCGAAUUAUUAGAGAAGGACGUGGAUUUUGGUGGAUGGUUGCGCGAUGUGCCGUCAGUGGAAGAACCGGAAGCCAGCCAGGAACAGUGAUUAUCACAACAUAGCCUCAGGCAAUACCCGCGAACGUGCAAGCUGCUGACCAGUUGUACUCCACUCUUGUGUAUUUUAGUCGCGACUUGUUGCUUUACUAGGAAUAAAAUCAUAGUUUCAAAUCGAGCCUGGGCCCUAGAAGGAAGGUUGAAGGGAAGAAUGCAUCCAUCAUUGCCUUGAGGCAGAAUG